GUUAUUAUGUGAGACGCAUUAACGCUCCGCUUCUGACACUAUAGUACAUGCGAAUAAUGAUCAAUCUCAAACUUUCGCACACUCACCUCUCACUGGACAUUUCUUUUACCUCUCAUAAUUUAUAGAUGAUGAAUUUCCUCCGCAAUCGGCUGGUGGUUUUGGGGCUGGUGCUGCUGGCCACGGUGCUCCUCUACCUGCUGCUGCCCUCCAUGAGGCAGGGCAGUAUGGAGCCCUCGCUGGAGGUGCAGCAGCGGAUGGGACUGAUGGCCGCGACCCCCCCUCCGCCGCCGCCGCCGUCCAGCGUCAACAUCACGGUGAGGACCGGACAGCUGCCCGGUGACCCGCCGCUCUUCUUCAGGGAGGCUCUGCCCGUGGACAGCGCGGGACGACAGAUUCUGCCCAGGUUGCAGAUGGUGCUUCUUCAUGGUCAGGCCUUCACCUCUAAGACCUGGGAAGAGUUGGGGACUCUCAGUCUUCUGGCCUCCAGCGGAUACCAGGCCCUCGCUCUUGACCUGCCCGGUUACGGGAAUUCUCCGGACUCGGAGUCUGUGAAGUCGGAUCAGUCUCGUGUGGAUCUUCUGAAGCGUUUUCUGGAGGCUCUGGGCGUCCGAGCACCCGUGUUACUGAGCCCGUCGAUGAGCGGUCACUACGCCCUGCCGUUCCUCCAGAGACACAGCGCACAGUUACAUGGAUUUGUUCCCAUUGCGCCGGUGGGCACCCGAGGCAUCACCCCACAGCAGUACCAUGACAUACAGACUCCUACACUGAUCAUAUAUGGGGAACUAGACACCAACCUGGGUGCCCAGUCUCAUAAGAACCUGAUCCAGCUGCCCAAUCACACCGUGGUGAAGCUAGCAGGAGCGCGACAUGCCUGUUACAUGGACAAACCCCGCGAGUUUCACCGUGCCCUGCUCGACUUCCUCAGUAAACUCGACUGACGCGACGGCACAGCAUAAAGCUUGUGUGGAAAUGACUUUGGAAGAGACUACGAGAAGAAAAAGAGAGGUACAAGUAAACAAAAAAAAAGUUGAACAGGACUGCAGCGUAGCCGAAAGAAAACUGUCCUGAAACCUAACAACACUGAGCUUUCAAUCGACCAUCCACAUCAGCUCACUUGUUAUUAUUUCCCCGCGUGCACCAUCAUGAGACUUUAUAAAAUAUCGAACAAAUGCAAAAUUAUUAUAGUACAGAUUCCUUUGUAGAUUCUAUGCUGUUCCUAAGGAUGAUUCCGGAACACUUUAAAUAUCAUUCUCUAACAAAUCUGAGGGAUGUUGUUAAAAUGCUAUUAUUAAAAACUGUGAACAUUCAGAAGUUA